ACUGUCUCUAGGUCAUGGUCUUGGAAAGUGGUCUCCUAAGAAAACCGCUGGCUUCGGUUUUGGCUCACAGCCUUCGCGCAAAUCGAAUGACGAAGUGUGGCGUACAUAUAUUUGGUUGCUCCUUGCACUAAUUUUUGUGUUUAAAUAAAUAAAUAAAUUGAUUGUUUUUAUAACUAGACGCUACUUCCUAAUUAGUUGUUUAGUCAUUCAAGGUGGUUAGUGUCGUUUGCUUGGACGUAGGACGUGUGAACGUAGUCAACGUACCGACAAAAGUUAUCCAGUAUAUUUUAAUCCGUCAUUUGUCCAGCUGUUUGUCGACUUAUUUAGUGUCCAGACAGUUCAGCUAUCCAGGAUAGCCUAAAUAGAUUAACAGUCCCAAAAGGUUCUUCAAAUCACAGAUUACUGCAUUUCCUAGCAAUCCUGUAUCUAAGCCCGGGCUUGAUCAUACAUUGUAGGAAGGUAGAUUAAAUGAUGCCAUAGACGUAAACUUAGUACACACCCAGUGACACUAAGAACCAAUAGUUGAAAUGCUUCACUGCAGAUUUAAGUGCAAAGCUCGGCUCAUUUAUGUCUGCUGAAUAUUGUGUUUUGUCUUAGUAAUUUUGCUUAUCGUUACUUUUUUACAGAUAAGAUUUUUAUAUAUGUAGACAUAAGGUUUCCUGAUACACCAUUAUUCGUGUUAACCGUUUUCGUACUCUAGGUAUUUUUGAUCAUACCACCAUUAAUUAUCGGUAAUGAAUGUCUCUGUGUUGAGUUUUUAUCUCGGUCGCGUGCCAUAUAACAUUGCAUGGGAUCUUCAGAAGUCUAUUGUCAAACUACUGAAGUCUCUUGAUAAUCCUUUGGUGCAUUGUAUCUUACUUCUGGAACACAGUCCAGUUUACACUAUUGGUAUACGCCACACAGAUCCUAUGAAUGACUAUGGCGAGUAUACGAUUAAACAUCUCAAACGUCUUGGGGCUGAAUUUGUUAGUUCUGAUCGUGGAGGUUUGAUUACGUAUCAUGGCCCAGGACAACUCGUAGCCUAUCCGAUAAUUAAUCUUCGGUGUAAAUCUUUACAAGGUCGUGGUUUAAGGUGGUACGUUGGGGCUUUAGAAGAAGCCGGAAUCAAACUGUGCUCACAAUUUGGUGUGACUACAUUUGCUGGUAAGGAUUCGGAGACUGGUGUUUGGUCUGAUUCUAGGCACAAAGUUAUGGCUAUUGUUAGGUAUCCGCCAGAGCAGUUCAAUAACGUAUCAUGGGAUUGCUCUAAACUGUACCACUGAACCACUUUCAUGGCUAAGACAAAUCGUUCCUUGUGGUUUAGCUGAUCGAGAUGUUACGUGUUUGAGUGAAGCUUGUGGUAAACAAUGCACACCAAAGGAAGUGGCACCUACAAUGUCAGAUUGUCUGGUUUCAAGUCUGUUUGAAUUACAUAUGAAUGAUCAGUUUUGUGUUAAUUACCAGUUUCGAAAUGAUAUGGCGGGAGAUUGGUGUAAUUUAAUGCGAAAUGUCAACGGUGGUUAUGAAGGUUGUUCAGAAUCGUUUUCAGUCAGUAAAUCUUGGUCUUGUACAGUUAAGGAUAUCCUCUUCUCUUUACAUUCUCAUUUUAAUAACUGUACUGCUAGCAAUGCACUAUUCAAUAAUAAAUAAUGUUAUGUACGCUUUU